AUGCGCAGGGAUAUGUUCGAGUUUACGCUGCAAAACAGGCAUGGAAACUUGUUCUCGGCAAUUGUCAUGGACGCCGCCGAAAUGUCGCACAUGGAUAAAGACAGGGGCACCAACGGGCCGGGUCCCAGCCCUGGAGAUUUUCCAAUUGGACAGCUCGCAAGGAUAGUCCGUUCUGGGAGCCGAGUUAACACCAGGAGCUCGGUGUGGAGGUUCCAGAAAUCAGAACCAAGGAUGUAUAAUCAGCCGCGACGUGAGGGCCAAACGGAUACGUGUGAAACGUCAAUAGAGUUGAAAAAUCUGGCUUCCCGGCAAACCUCAAAUUGA